UUCCUGCUCUAUUUAUUUCCAGGAAGCUGCUGGGCUUUCUCGACCAUCGCCGCGGUCGAGGGCAUCAAUCAGAUUGUCACCGGCGAGCUGAUCUCCCUCUCGGAGCAGGAGCUUGUGGAUUGCGACCGAUCAUAUGAUGCCGGUUGCAAUGGAGGUCUUAUGGACUAUGCCUUCCAGUUCAUCAUCGACAAUGGCGGGAUUGACACGGAGGACUACCCUUACAAGGGUGUUGAUGGGGAAUGCAACGCUUCGGGGGUGAAUGCUAAGGUCGUGACCAUUGACGGGUACGAGGAUGUUCCUCCUUUUGAUGAGAGGGCACUGAAGAAGGCCGUCGCCCAUCAGCCCGUGAGUGUUGCAAUUGAAGCCGGUGGCAGGGAAUUCCAACUCUACGAGUCGGGUGUUUUCUCCGGAGAGUGUGGAACUGCACUGGACCACGGGGUGAUCGCAGUCGGGUAUGGAACAGAGCACGGGAAGGAAUACUGGCUCGUGAGGAACUCAUGGGGCACGGGCUGGGGCGAGAACGGGUACAUCAAGAUGGAGAGGAACGUGGUCGAGAACUUCUUCUGGAAGCGUGGGAUUGCGAUGGAGGCAUCGUACCCCAUUAAGACCAGCCCCAACCCGAAGAAAUCCAGCGAAGGUUACUACAGCAGCGCUUGAGAGGAUUGAGAAGAGGGGGGAGAUUGAAAUGGUUGGAGAAGUUAAA